UGGUCGAGUACUAAAUAAUGCAGCCCAUAUACGUACUUUGUGUUUUACUAGCCAUGAGCAUAGCCCAUGUACAUGCUGGCUUUUGUUUUGCUAGGUGUCCAAGUACUGAGGAGGUUGUUUGGGCCUUGGAACCCGCAAAUGGUCGAUGUAAUGCUUUCCGCAACAAAUGUUAUUUCAACCGGGCGAAUCUUGGUCGGGAUCCAGGCUUGAACAUUGUUACUAAAAAGCAAUGCCAGAAAAAAUGCAAUGAGGUCUGUACGAAAAUUUACAUACCAGUUUGGGCUUCCUAUAAUGGCACUGUCAAGGAAUUUAGCAAUGAAUGUCUAUUAAAUGUGCACGUUUGUACAACUGGAGAGACAUAUUUGCCAGUCAAAAUGCAAUAAAGUUGUAUUUUUCAUAAAUGUAUGAAAUAUUUCCAAUCGCUCGUAUUAUCAUUUCUGCUGGGUAAAGGGUCGUAUUUUAGUUUUAUACACUAUAUUCCGCCACCUAAGGCUAAUAAUCCUAGGCUAAUAUCUACACCAGCUUGUGUGCAAAUUAUUUGUAGUUUUUUUUUUAAGGCUACAACAAGUAAAAUUAAUUGUAAUAUCUAAUUUCUUCAAAACCAGGAAUCUUGAACCUUAUGAAUAUACGUUCUAAAUUCUUUGUAAUCCUUAAUGAUCUUUAAUGAUUAUGUAUAUGUAGUUGUUUAUUGAUGUCACUAGGCUGGUAACUUUGAGAAAUCUUUGUCUAUAAAAGUUUGUAUUUAAAAUUCUUUCCUUCGAAAAGUGCUUCAAAAUUCAGAAUAUUUUGGAUGAACUGCCUAGGCGAUCGUCACGUUCGCAUGUACACAUUUCUUAAUGUGUAGAAUAUUUAAAUACAUAAAUGUACUUUUAUUGAAGACAGAUUCAAAAAAUUGUAAUGUUAAUCAAACAAUAAAAACUUAUCGGCCAAAAAUAGCUUGUUGACCUGAGUUUUAAGGAAAUAAGAACAUUUGUACUUUCCAGAUAUUUUUAUAUUUUUUGAUAAUAUAUGGCUAUGGCUAGCUGUGACAGUACAAUUUAUAUGCUCAUACUGCAACUACUAAAACGAUUACUAACUUAGGCGCGAUACAAGCAGACUGCCACAAAACAGAUGGACAAUAGACCCAGGCAGAGGACAGGUCAGCAAAGAGUCUAAAGCCCUGUAAAGCCAGUCAGUCGGCAAUAUAUUAAUCUAUAAGUAUUGACAUAACAGCACUUGCAUAUAAGUAUAUAUAUUUAAUCAAAAGAGCUAAGAAUAAUACGGUAAACACGAAAGGCAAUAUUGUAUUAUUAAAUGAAUUUCUAAUGUUCAGUUGUUUGAAACACAUAAAUUUUUGGCCAUACAAAUACAUUAUUGCCUAGGAUAGUUAUGGUUUGUGAAAACCUAUUAGCUAAGCUUAUAAAUUCAAAUUCCAACAGUAAAUUAUCCAUGCUGAAAUUUA